AGCCACACAGGCUGAUGAAUCCUCCAAUCCAGCAGAAAUCUCUCACCUGUCCUCAGCCCUGAAGAAGGACUCUCGCCAAAUAUUUCACUUCUGUUUCGACCAAUCCUUUCCUGUAACCUCUUCACAAAAACACCAUCCGGAGGACAGCUCAUCCAUCUCGCAGCCAUCUCAAGGUACAGGUGAACAUGAACUUCAGCAACACUACCACCUCCAGCGUCAAUGGCACUGACUUCCACAGUGUCUUCACCCACAAGGUGCUGCCAGUGCUGUACAUCCUGAUCUGUGUGGUGGGCCUGGUUCUGAACGCGCUGGCUGCGUGGAUCUUCCUGCGGGUGCCCUGCUGCUCAGGCCUCGUGGUGUACCUGAAGAACAUGGUGGUGGCUGACCUGCUGAUGCUGCUCUCCUUCCCGUGGCGCGUGGCCAGCGACCUGGGGCUGGGCGACUGGCAGCUCCGCGUGGUGGUGUGCAGGUACACCGCCGUCCUCUUCUACUCCAGCAUGUACGUGGGCAUCGUGUUCCUGGGCCUCAUCAGCCUGGAGCGCUACAUGAAGAUCGUGCACGCCUCCGGCUCCCCCUCGUCCGCCUCCACGCUGCUGCAGAGCGUGACAGUGGCGCGGGGGCUAUCCUUCCUCACCUGGGCCCUGAUCGUGCUGUCCGUCAUGCCCAACUCCCUGCUGACCAGCCGGCCGGCGGACGAGGAGAGCUCCAGGCACUGCAUGCAGCUCAAGACCCAGCUGGGGCUGCAGUGGCACCGUGCCUCCACCUUCCUGUGCGUGGGCCUCUUCUGGGCCACCUUCCUGCUGCUGGCCUUCUGCUAUGCCUCCAUCGCCCAGAGGGUGUACAGGUCGUACCGACGGGUGCGGAGGGACAGCAGCGAGGCGUGCAAGAAGUCCAACCGCAGCAUCUUCAGCAUCCUGCUGGUGUUCUUCCUGUGCUUCGUGCCGUACCACGUGUGCCGCGUCCCCUACACGCUCAGCCAGACCUCAGGCGCGGCCUUCAGCCGACACAGCCGCUUCCUGCUCUUCCAGGUGAAGGAAGGGACCCUCUUCCUGUCCGCCCUCAACGUCUGCCUGGACCCCGUCAUCUACUUCCUCAUGUGCCGGACGUUCCGCGAGUCGCUGCUCAAGAAGUUCUCCGGCACGCCGGAGGAGGCGAGGAGAAGGUCGCUGACCACUCCCCACAGUGUCAGUAACCUGUGA